AGGAUGAAAAAUGGAACUUUUUAACCAAUAAUAUUCGGGGCAAAUAUGCCCCCUAGAGUUAGGUCAGCAGAGUAAUUGAAGAAGGGCAAGCGGACGCAGAAUAUUGGCGCUGAGUCGAAAUCUUCAAUAAUCUUCCCCUUCAGAUUGUUGCGACAGCCAUAGCCUUGAGAAUUGAAGUUUGAUCUAUAACUAAAAAGACCCAGAUGGCCGAAAAUAAAAAACCCACCAGCAUUCUUGAAUCUCUAGGGGAAGAGAUCGUUAGAAUUGUUGCCCCUGUUUCAAUCUGCAUGUUCAUGGUAGUUAUUCUAGUCUCUAUCCUCAACUCCAACUCUUCGUCUUCUUAUGCAACAGUUGGCUCCAUCGCUACCAUUGCAUAUAAUGAGAGCAGCUCUGAUACCUCAUGGGACAAAUUUAUAGGUGCUCUUUUAAACUCACUUGUGUUUGUGGCUGUUAUAACUCUGGCUACAUUUCUCAUGGUAUUGCUUUUCUACCUUAGAUGUGUCAAGUUCUUGAAGUAUUACAUGGGUUUCUCUGCUUUUGUUGUGUUGGGUUUUCUUGGAGGUGAAAUUGCAUUGUUCUUGAUUGAGGAUUUCAGUAUUCCAAUUGAUUGUUUCACUUUUUUGGUUGCUCUAUUCAAUUUUGCUGCUGUGGGUGUUUUAGCUGUGUUCAUGUCAAAAAUGGCUAUCCUUGUAACACAAGGGUACUUGGUUUUAAUUGGGAUGUUGGUGGCUUAUUGGUUUACUUUGUUACCUGAAUGGACUACUUGGGCACUUUUAGUUGCAUUGGCUGUCUAUGAUCUUGCAGCUGUUUUACUGCCUGUUGGACCAUUGAGGCUGUUAGUUGAGCUUGCAAUAUCUAGGGAUGAAGAUAUUCCAGCUUUAGUUUAUGAGGCUCGGCCAGUGGUUAAUCAUGAUUCAAAUCCUAGGGAUUUAGUGCAAAGAAGGAUGAGGGUGUGGAGGGAAAGAAAUGAAACUUCCGAUAAUCGCCCCGUUGCUGUUCCUGAUUCUGUUUCCGAUGGGAAUGUGGUUUCUGAAUCUAAUGUAGAUGAAAUUGAAACAUCCAAUUCCUAUCCAAUUCCAAUCAUAUCAACUGCUGUUAGAGCUGAAGAGGGGGAGGUUCACCCCAUAAGGAACGCUGAGCUUCUUGUUCCAUUAAUUGAUAAUGGAGGGAAUGUUCAGCCACAUGGAGUAGCAGAAGCUUCUGGAUCAAAUGAAAAUUUGAUGUUAGAGGGAAUAGGAUUGGGAUCCUCUGGUGCUAUCAAGUUGGGGCUAGGAGACUUCAUUUUCUAUAGUGUAUUGGUUGGUAGAGCAGCAAUGUAUGAUUACAUGACGGUUUAUGCUUGUUAUCUUGCAAUUGUAGCUGGUCUUGGAAUCACUUUGAUGCUAUUGGCAAUAUAUCAGAAAGCUUUGCCUGCUCUCCCAGUAUCAAUAGCGCUAGGUAUCGUGUUUUACUUCCUAACACGUCUCUUCCUUGAGGUCUUUGUUGUACAAUGUUCUUUGAACCUUUUGAUGUUUUAGACUAGAUUUCUCCAACAGUAUAUAUGUAUGAACUGUUGAUUGUUAGAUGGUUGAGGAUUGGAUCUUGAGAAGUUUCAAUGCCUGGAAAUUUGGAAA